AAGCUGUUUCAAAUAGACAGAACUGUUGACUUAACAAAGCACUCAGAUGGCAACGCAAGACACACAUCAGGAGGUCUGGGAGAGCAGUCUCUUGUGCCAAGUGAGAACACCACUUCCACGGAUCAUAGUAGCAAAGCAGUUAAAAAGGACGGCAGGCAGAAUGCAGCGCUUGUGAGGAGACCGAAGAGGAAGGAGUACAAUGAUGAGUCUGGGAUGGAUACACACUCCUCUCCCAGAGUACGCAGGGCAACCACAUCCAGGGCUGAGAGGAUCUGGCCAGGGGGGGUCAUCCCCUAUGUGAUCGGAGGAAAUUUCACUGGAACCCAAAGAGCUAUCUUUAAGCAAGCUAUGAGGCACUGGGAAAAGCACACCUGUGUGACGUUUGUGGAGAGAACUGAUGAAGAGAGUUUCAUUGUAUUCACAUACAGAACAUGUGGAUGCUGCUCGUAUGUGGGUCGCCGAGGAGGGGGCCCUCAGGCCAUAUCCAUUGGAAAGAACUGUGACAAAUUCGGCAUUGUGGCUCAUGAGCUGGGUCACGUGGUUGGUUUCUGGCAUGAGCAUACACGGCCUGACAGGGACCAGCAUGUCACUAUCAUCAGAGAGAACAUACAGCAAGGUCAGGAGUACAACUUUUUAAAGAUGGAAGCUGGGGAAGUGAACUCUCUGGGAGAGACCUAUGACUUUGACAGCAUCAUGCACUAUGCUAGGAACACGUUCUCAAGAGGGGUUUUUCUCGACACCAUCCUCCCUCGUCGUGAUGGUAACGGAGUCCGGCCAACCAUUGGUCAGCGUAUUCGUCUGAGUCUGGGAGACAUCGCUCAGGCAAGGAAGUUGUACAAGUGCCCAGCUUGUGGAGAGACCUUGCAGGACACAACAGGGAAUUUCUCAGCCCCUGGCUUUCCAAACGGUUACCCCUCCUAUUCCCACUGUGUCUGGAGAAUCUCGGUGACCCCAGGGGAGAAGAUUAUGUUAAACUUCACAUCGAUGGACCUGUUUAAAAGUCGCCUUUGUUGGUAUGAUUAUGUUGAGGUGCGUGAUGGCUACUGGAGGAAGGCUCCGUUACUGGGUAGAUUUUGUGGCGACAAGAUCCCUGAACCAAUAAUUUCCACAGACAGCAGGCUGUGGAUCGAAUUCCGGAGCAGCAGUAACAUCCUGGGCAAGGGCUUCUUUGUGGUCUAUGAAGCUAUUUGUGGUGGAGAAGUUCACAAAGAUGCUGGCCAGAUCCAAUCUCCCAAUUACCCGGAUGACUACAGACCUUCCAAAGAGUGCAUCUGGAAGAUCACAGUUUCUGAGGGCUUUCACAUAGGAAUCACAUUCCAAGCCUUUGAGAUCGAAUGGCAUGACACGUGUUCUUAUGACUACCUGGAGAUCCGAGAUGGCCUCACUGAACACAGCCCAUUGAUCGGUCACUUCUGUGGCUAUGAAAAGCCAGAAGAUGUCAAAUCCAGCUCAAAUAAAGUAUGGAUGAAGUUUGCAUCAGAUGCAACCAUCAAUAAAGCAGGCUUUGCAGCAAAUUUCUUUAAAGAAAUGGAUGAAUGUUCUCUGCCAGACAACGGUGGGUGUGAGCACCUCUGUGAGAACACACUGGGCAGCUACAAGUGCACCUGUGAGCCUGGCUACGAGCUGACUGCUGAUAAGAAGAGCUGUGAAGCUGCCUGUGGGGGCUUCAUCACCAAGCUCAAUGGGACCAUCACUAGCCCUGGAUGGCCCAAGGAAUAUCCUACUAACAAAAACUGCGUCUGGCAGGUGGUAGCUCCAGCCCAGUACCGGAUCUCUCUGCAGUUCGAAGUGUUUGAGCUGGAAGGCAAUGAUAUCUGUAAAUAUGACUAUGUUGAGGUUCGCAGUGGGUUGGCUUCUGACUCCAAGCUGCACGGCAAAUUCUGUGGCUCAGAGAAACCUGAAGUAAUCACAUCAAACAGCAACAGCAUGAGACUGGAGUUCAAAUCAGACAACACAGUCUCCAAGAAAGGGUUCAAAGUUCACUUCUUCUCUGACAAAGAUGAAUGCUCCAAAGAUAAUGGUGGGUGCCAGCACGAAUGUAUCAACACCUUUGGGAGCUAUGUAUGCCAUUGCAGAAAUGGGUUCAUGCUGCAUGAAAAUGGCCACGAUUGCAAAGAAGCUGGUUGCGAGCACAAACUGAGCAGCGCAGAGGGAAUGAUGAGCAGUCCAAACUGGCCUGACAAGUACCCUAGCCGGAAAGAGGGCACUUGAAAUAUCUCUGCAACACCUGGCCACCGAGUGAAAGUAAUCUUCAAUGAGUUUGAGAUUGAACAGCACCAGGAAUGUGCUUAUGACCACUUAGAAAUGUAUGAUGGGCCCAACAGCAAGUCACCUAUCCUUGGCCGCUUCUGUGGCAGCAAGAAACCAAACCCUGUGGUUGCUUCUACUAACAAGAUGUUCCUCAGGUUUUACUCUGAUGCUUCUGUACAGAGAAAAGGCUUCCAGGCAAAGCAUAGCACAGAGUGUGGUGGGCGCUUAAAGGCUGAAGUACAAACUAAGGAGCUGUAUUCCCAUGCUCAAUUUGGGGACAACAACUACCCAGGACAGUCCAACUGUGACUGGGUGAUUGUAGCUGAAGAUGGUUAUGGGGUGGAGCUGAUAUUCCAGACAUUUGAGAUUGAGGAGGAGGCUGACUGUGGAUACGACUACAUGGAGAUCUACGAUGGUUAUGACAGCACUGCACCCCGUCUGGGACGCUUCUGUGGCUCAGGGCCUUUGGAAGAAAUCUACUCUGCAGGGGACUCGAUCAUGAUUCGAUUCCACACAGACGACACCAUCAACAAGAAAGGCUUUCACGCCCGAUACUUAAGUACCAAAUUUCAGGAUGCAUUGCACGUGAGAAAAUAGUUUGACUGCUCCUCACAGACAUUCCCCAUCUGAAGACUGAGACAUUUAACUGUGAUCUUUGUCUUUUUUUUUUUUUUUAAAGCUCCUGUGCACCUGGCCAAAAGCAGUGUACAGUAUUUUCUGUAACUAAAAGUAAAUCCAGUUCAAAGGUUUGCUUCUGAAAAAAUUAGCAUGACCUUUCUUUUGCUAACAUACCCAGGACCAAAAAUUGUCUUCUAGUCACACCUGCCAGGGCAUAAAUCUUGUAUUUUGCACAGCUUGCCAAGGGCUGAGUGAAGACUGAAUUUGAAUUGAAAAAAGCCUUAUUCUCUUGCAUAUCCUGUUUCUAGGUGACAUUUCUUAAGUAGCCUAUACACAUGAGCUGAAUGCAUCUUCUGGAGCAGAUGCUAUGGGCAGCCACGCAGUAGGAUUUUCUCAGUGGACCUUUGGGGCCACCCACUGUCCCCUACCAGCCCAAAACACUCUGUGCAAUAAGUCAGAUGACUGUGGCUCCAGAUUCCAUGACUCCUUCUGUCCCAUCUAUUUAUUGUCUUGGUUAUUGUGUGUGUAGGCAGGGGCAUGGGGAGGGUCUCUUUAGGGCUGUUACCCACUUGGACCAUGAUCAACAAGAAGUGCCCAGCACCUGAUUUGCAGCAAUUGUCAUGGUGCAUGUUGAAUGGAAUCAUUUCAGUGCAGCGGCCAAGGGAAAGUCUGUGGCUGAUGGGGAAGUGCUGUGGUGACAGUCAGGGCACACUUAGCCACUGGAGCACUCACAAUCUGGUCCCAUUACUCUGCCAAGACAAGGCAGCUCAGAUGGCUGUGGCAACAAUCCAGGCCUUAUCUUAAGUAAAAAUCUUCUCUCAUCACUCCACCCUUCUUUGCUUUCCCAGUCUACUUUAUGCUCCUUCCUUCCCGCCCUUCCAUUGUUCCCUAGUGCUACUUCCUCAUAAGUCCUCCCUUCUCUUGGCUGAGCUGCUCUUCCCGGAGUUCCCCGCAGCAACCUUAGAGCUCUCUGCCACGCCAGCUAGCAGAACAUCUCGCAGAAGGAAAUGCCAGGUCAGAGUUAGUCAGAAUAUCUCAGCACUGUGUUGCUGGCUGUGCCUCAGGCAGAGGAGCACAGGCUGUGCUAGAGGUCAGUUCUGGUGAGCUCUGGGAACCUGCUGAGCAUGCGUAUGCCCAAGGCCUGGGACUAGGGACAGGAGAGCUCCUCUGGUUUUUGCUUUAUCCCCAUUCUUUGCUGAGCCAUGGCCCAGUCUCUUGACAUCAUUGCAAGUCUGUAACCCAGAUGUGCAAGAUGGUGACUUAAGCACUUUGUGCUGUAAGGCUGAGAUAUGCUGUAUGUUACAGUUAUUUAUGUAUAUGGAAGCUACUGAACCAUGGGCUUGCAAAAUUAACGGCUAUCUUGGCACUUCUUUGGGAAAAAAUAUGGGAAACUGCACCUUUGGGGGAACUGCUGUAAUUGUGCUGUUGUUACGGGAAGAAAAAGAAGACAAGACUUUAUUCUGAAUGGCAUUUCAUUAAGGCACUCAUGGGCAAUUACAGGCUAAAAGCUGAGGUAUGUUAGCUUUAAUAAAGUAUUUAUAAUCCAAGGAUUACUAUGUUUACAUAACCAAUGUACUGUCAGGCUCAAGGAUGACACCUCCUCCUCUGGUGUAUGACUGUGGGGAAACGUGGGGCUAGCACCAGCGUCAGGCACAAAUGACAUUCUUGGAGAUGAGGGCGUUUCUGGACGGAUAAUAAAUAGACCCCAACCCUCUCCACAAGUCUUUAAACAGAAUAUGAUCCAAGUAUUGUGAAUACUAGUGGAAGCAAAUGCAUGAAAAUAUUUUCUAUCUUAGAACAAGAGAGAAAAGUAAUUUGUACACACAUACACACACGCACACACUUUUAUGUAUAUAAAAUCUGCCUGUAGAAGACCAGUAGUCAAAGCCUUAAUAAGUGUCAUAUGAACGAUAUUGUACCAUUGACCAUAGCUUUAUUGCAGGCUGUACAAAACCAUAUUAUUUCUGUUUGUUUGUUUUUUACUUCUAUUUUGUGUCUCUUUUAAAAUGUUAUAGCCACCUUUUUAUAGGCAAAGCUUUUGAUCUUUUGCUGUUUGACAACCCAGGCCUGCAGAAGUGAGCUCUACUAGAUGGGGUCUGCUUUUGUCCCUCUCUUACUUGCCCCAUUCAAGCAAAAUCCAAGUGACUGAGGGCCGGAAAUAAAGUCAUGACAUUCACGUUCCCUGUGAAACAGAAGGAAAGUUUCAUUGGCAAGCAGUAGUUCAGAUUUCCUGGCUCUCUAAUGGGAGUAAUUAAUCUGGAGAGAAGUUACUUUAGAAGCUUGUUGUGUACUUCAAACAUCUUUAUUUCAUGUUCUGAUAGUUUCUCAUCUUCCUUGGUCUUUGGAUUGUAUACUCUGGUUCGUUGCAGGUGCUUGCAAUGUGGUUUGACAGAUCUGCUACAUUUAUUAGCAUUCAAACAGAUGUCUCGUGACAGUGUAUUCACAACUGUUGUAGUUUGUGUUUCAGCCGGUGAUCUAUGUAGAACAUUUCUGCCUGUACCAACUAGGUUUAACAGUCAAUAACUUGAAUGCGUGAAAGUUUCUUUUAAAAACAAGAAAAAAAAUGUCAGAGUCUUUAAGGUGUGCAUACAUAUUCCAGUCUUUCUGUGGUUUUACAUUUCACUGAAUAAAAUCAUUUUUUAAGAGGGGGAAGAGAGGAGGGCGUGGGGGCAAUCCCAUAUGUACCUAUGCCCAGAACUAGUCUCUGCAUUCAUUAAAGACUGUGGAUUCAGUUGCAUGUUCUGUUGUGUGCAUGCAUUUACUGUUUCUUCAAGGGGAGGACAUUUCUUAAUACAUUCCUUGUUCUGCCAUCUGUUGUUUGUGUCUGCUACUAAUGCCAGUUGGGAUUUACUCUGCAGAAAAUGACUUUCACUUGCGCCUUUAUCUUUGUCUUGGUUUUUGGA